AUCUAAACAACCUAAUGAAAAUGAGAUUGCUUUAUUCGUUUAUAUCUUUUUACCUCCUUGCCUUAACUUUCGCUUUUAGUGAUAUUGAAUUCUAUCAAGACAACCAAUUACUUACUAGAGAUGUACUGGACUUGGAAGAGCUUGUUGAAUAUCUUAAUACUUUACCAUCAUCCCUUGAUAAAAGGUCAAACAAAGAAUUUACUCCUUUAACUCAAAUUUGUACUGUAUUAAACACUACUGGUUGGGGUGUUCAAGCUGAGCACGACAUUUGUACCUCUUCUGUUACAUCUGGUGUUGCCAUUAAAAGUAUUAACUCAUUCUUACAACAUGAAAAUUUGACUACUAUUUUAGUUGCACUUGAUCAAUCCAACUUGGCUCUAGAUGUUGUAAUGGAAAUGUUUAUAGAUCCUAGUCUUUUACCAGGAUUAUGGACUGUUCUUAAAUCUUUAUGGUCAAGUGGUGUCAUUCAUUUGAAACGUGAUGUGAACCCAGAAUUUGAAAAACGUCAAAAUGUUGAAUUAACAGCAGAAGAGGUAGAAAUUGCUAAGAGAGGAAUUCUUGAUUUCCUUGGAGGUAUUUUCAACACUGCUGAAAAUCUUGCUAUCAAUACUUUAGUCACACUUGUUACUCAAAUUGCCGAUGUCGGAAGUAUCUGUAUCUCUCUUGAAAAAUCUGGAUUAGGUGUCUCUGUGAUUAGGGAAGCAUUAGAACCAUCGGAUAUGCAAAAAUUCACAGUCAACCUUUUGACUACCAUUAUUCAAGAUAAGACUGUAACUCUUGAUGAAUUGAUCCAAUCAUUAGAACAAUCAGGAAUUGUAAUAAACACUAUCAAGAAGAUCUUAGCCAAUACUACAGACUUAAGAAUUAUAUUUGUUUGGGCGGUCAAACAAUUGGUUAGCUUUAUUCAAUAUGUUCUUUAA